UACGUGGAGCAGAAUCAUGGAUGUCGGUGAGCUUGGAAAGCAUCUGAAGUUCAGUUCUGAUUUUAUCUAUUUCCCAUUCAUCAGAUUCAACCAUUUAUUUAUAAACUGACGAAGGCUUCAAAGCUCCAACAAUGAAGCUUGUUCAUAAGUUCUUCGAAAAGGACGGCAGUGGGAAUGUCACACUCAUUCCCGAAGAAGCCGAGGACAUGUGGCACGCCUAUAACUUGAUGUCCGAGGGCGACAGCCUCAAGGCUUCCACAAUCAGGAAGGUCACCACAGAGUCAGCAACCGGAAGUACUGGGAGCAACAGAGUUCGAACUACACUCGUCAUCUGCAUUGAGAGCAUUGAUUUUGACACGCAGGCAUGUGUCCUUCGUGUCAAGGGCCGCAAUAUUGCAGAGAACCAGUAUGUCAAGAUGGGUGCUUACCACACGUUGGACUUGGAAAUGAACAGAAAGUUCACACUUGCCAAACAACACUGGGACAGUGUGCAUCUAGAGAGGCUCGACAUGGCAUGUGAUGUCACUCAACAUGCUGACCUGGCAGCAGUGGUGAUGCAAGAGGGACUUGCUCAUGUCUGUCUUGUCACGUCUUCUAUGACUCUGGUGCGAGCUAAGAUUGAUGUCAGCAUUCCUCGCAAGCGGAAAGGAAGCUGUUCACAGCACGACAAGGGUUUGCAGAGAUUUUACGAAGCUGUGAUGCAAGCAAUUUUGCGCCAUGUGAACUUUGAUGUUGUCAAGUGUGUAUUGGUUGCCAGUCCUGGCUUUGUCAAAGACCAGUUCUAUGAGUACAUGUUCCAGGCUGCAACAAAGCUUGACCUUAAGGUGCUCCUUGAGAACAAGGGCAAAUUUGUGCUUACACAUGCUUCGUCAGGUUUCAAGCACUCUCUGAAAGAGAUCUUACAAGACCCCUCAGUGCAGUCAAAGCUGAGUGACACCAAGGCAGCCGGGGAAGUGAAGGCCCUGGAGCAGUUCUAUCAGAUACUGCAGACAGAGCCUAGCCGAGCUUUCUAUGGCACGAAGCAUGUAGAGCGUGCCAACGAGGGACUGGCCAUUGAGACGCUUUUGAUUUCGGACAACCUAUUUCGGUGUCAGGAUGUUAAGCAAAGGAAACGUUACGUUGCACUUGUUGACUCUGUGCGGGAAAACGGAGGUGAAGUGAAGAUCUUCUCCAGCUUGCACAUAUCUGGAGAACAGCUGGACCAACUGACUGGAGUAGCAGCCAUCCUGAGGUACCCGAUGCCUGAGCUUGAGGACGAAGAGCUGAGCUCUGAUGAAGAGUCCUGAAAGGAAGCUUCACCUCACAUAGCAUCUUCUAAUUUAUCUCGACUGCUGCGGUGUACAUACAAUGUGUAUGAUAAAGCAAAGGGCAUGGA